AUGUCAAAAGAUAAUAUACCAACAUUCUUUAAACCCAAAUCGUCACAAAGUGAUAGUAGCUCUACCAGUAGUAGUAGAUCAACUAGACAACAGAAUAUAGAUAAACAUAUUGAAGCUGUCAUCGGUACAAAUGAUGAUGCUGCAUCUUGUAAAUUAUCAGCAGUUAAUAUAGGAUAUUAUAAAGAUGAAUUUGUACAGUAUUUCGUAAAGACACCUAUAAGAAGACCACCUCUUAUCAAUAGAGGAUUCUUUUCAAGAGUGGAAGCAAUCGAACAAUUCAUUAAACAGUUCUUCGCCAUCUAUUCAGAUUCUACCAAACCAAUACAGAUUGUCAGUCUUGGAUGUGGAUUCGAUACACUCUAUUUUAGAAUGAAGGUAAUGCUUUGUUUCAACUAUGAUAUGCAAUUAUGUUAUGUUAUGUUAUGA